AAGAGAGGAGACAUAAUGAUAGGGGGCAUUUUCCCAAUAUUUGAAAAAGAGAUAGGCAGCACCUCAACAUUUCAGCACACCCCAUCUGGAGUCGAAUGUAUAGGGUUUGAUCUGCGAGCUUUUAGAUGGACUCAAGUGAUGACAUUCGCAAUUGAAGAGAUCAACAAAAAUACAACCCUAUUACCGAACAUAUCACUGGGGUACAGGAUUCUCAACUCAUGUGCAUCGCCCACUAACACUUUACGUGCUGCUCUAACACUAGCUGGUGGAAUGGAGGAGAGAGAACCGGGCUCAUCUUGUCUCCCGGCAAUAUCUGCCCUCAUAGCUGAGUCUGGAUCUUCUCAGUCUCUUGCUGUAGCAGGGACACUUGGACCAUUCCAAGUCCCAAUUGUGAGUUACUUCUCAACAUGUGCCUGUUUAAGUGACAAGUCAAAGUAUCCUACAUUUUUUCGAACAAUUCCCAGUGACUAUUUUCAGGCAAAAGCUUUGGCCGCCCUGGUCAAACGCUUCGGUUGGCGUUGGAUUGGAGCCAUACAGUCAGACAAUGACUACGGACGUCAUGGUGUCCUCGCCUUUAAAGAAGAGGUUGAAAAGUUUGGGGUUUGUGUGGCUUUUGUCGGGACAAUUCUGCGCACAUACUCUUUGGAAAAAAUCAAGGCAGUUGUAGAAAUAAUUAAACAAUCAAGUGUUAAAGUUAUUCUUGCUUUUGCACCCGGGAGUGACUUUUACCCUAUUAUGAAAGAGGUGGUUAAACAGAACAUCACAGGGAUCCAGUGGAUUGCCAGUGAGGCCUGGAUAACAGCUCUUAGACUUUCCACCCCGGAAAUUUACCGAGCUUUCGGGGGAGCCCUCGGUUUCGUGGUGCAUAAAAUGGAAAUUCCUAAGUUGAAGCCGUUUCUAACAGGCAUCAGCCCUUACGCAGAUACAAGCACAGCAUUUGUGGGGGAAUUCUGGAAGAUAAUGGUAGGAUGUAAAGCUGUUGUACCUGGGGAUCAAAUUAAAAACCCGAAUGAAAUAUGCACCGGCAAUGAGACAUUAAUGAAUUCCCAGGAUGUUUUCUUCAAUGUCACGGAGCUUAGAGUCUCAUAUAAUGUGUACAAGGCUGUUUAUGCCAUUGCACAUGCCCUGCACCACCUGCUUUUCUGUAACACCGCUAAUGAGAAACCAGCAAGACCAUGUUUGAAUGUAGCAGACAUUCAGGCAAAGCAGGUGACCUAUCACCUCCAAAGAGUAAAAUUUAAGAAUCAGUUCGGUGAUACUGUCUACUUCGAUGAAAACGGAGACCCACCGGCUUCAUAUGACCUCAUUAACUGGCAACUGAGAGAUGGCAAGGUAAAACACGUGACAGUGGGUCACUUCAUCUCGACUGAGAACGGCAACUAUGAGCUCAGCAUCCAGGAGGAGGAGAUAUUGUGGAGGACGGACAAAAUGGUUCCGAUAUCAGUAUGCUCUGAACAGUGCCCAGUGGGGACCAGGAAAGCUCCAAUAAAGGGGGAGCCUAUUUGCUGUUUUGACUGUAUCCCAUGUGCUGCUGGCACUAUUGCCAACCAAACAGGUGCAGCAGAUUGCACACCCUGUGCGAAAGAGUUCUGGUCCAACCAGAAGAGGGACAAGUGUGUUCCAAAAACUACAGAAUUCCUGGCGUAUGACGAACCAAUGGGCAUAGCCCUGACUGCUGUGUCACUACUGGGUGCCUCACUGUCACUAUCCAUUAUGCUCAUCUUCAUCUACUACAGACAAACGCCAGUGAUCAAGGCCAGCAACUCUGAGCUGAGCAUCUUCUUACUGUUUUCCCUCUUUUUGUGCUUUCUCUGCCCCCUCACGUUCAUCGGCAGACCCGAGGCGCGGGUGUGCAUGCUCCGCCAUACGGCAUUCGGAGUGACAUUCGCCCUCUGCAUUUCCUGCGUCCUGGGCAAGACCAUUGUGGUGGUGACCGCUUUCAAAGCUUCAUUUCCCGGCAGCAAGGUUGCCGGAAAGUUUGGACCGAUGCAACAGCGGAUCAUAGUUUGCACCUGCACUCUGGUCCAAAUACUAAUAUGUGUACUUUGGCUAAAAUUAAGCCCACCCUUCCCAGUCAUGGUUUUCCGAUAUAGCAAUAAGAUCAUUUUGGAAUGCAACACUGGCUCUGAAGCUGCGUUUUACGCUGUGCUAGGUUACAUAGGCUUUCUCUCAGUUAUAUGUUUAGUUCUGGCAUUUCUUGCGAGGAAGCUUCCAGAUAAUUUUAAUGAGGCCAAAUUUAUCUCAUUUAGCAUGUUAAUAUUCUGCGCUGUCUGGGUCACCUUCAUUCCAGCGUACGUCGGCUCUCCCGGCAAGUUUACAGUCGCUGUUGAGAUAUUUGCCAUUUUGUCUUCAGCAUUUGGUUUACUGUUUAGCAUAUUUGCGCCUAAAUGUUACAUAAUACUAAUAAGGCCAGAAAAGAAUACCAAAAAGCACGUAAUGGGUAAAAUGCUUACUACCGGUCCGUAA